AUGGAUAUCGACAAUCCACCUCUAUCAAGCCCCGGUGACCCGUCAUCCACCCCCGCCACAGACCGACGCAAAUCAGGCCGGCAGACGCGACGACCCGAAGUCUUCUCGCAAACCGCACAUUCCGCCGAAGAAAAUGCUGCCGGUGGAAAGCGCAAGCGAGGCGAGCCGGGCGAGGAGGGAGAUGAAGACGCGUCUGAGUCUGAUACCGAGGGUGAUGCCGGCGACGAGACUGACGAGGAGGUUCGGAAAGAAGAACGGCGCGCUGCACGUCGCGCGGGUGCGAAGAAGACUAAAUCGAAGUCCAAGGCCAAGGGAUCGCACGCGUCGAAGAAACCCAAGGUUGCGAGCAACGGGCUAGGGAGACAGCUCGCUUUUCGGCCGGCUUCCAAUGGCCGACUACCCGCCGCUCGUCCUCGAAAGCCGAAAGUACGACCUAGUCUUGCAGCGGGUGAACAUGGAGUGUUCGCGGAGGUUUUCGGGAAAGGCGGCAAUGCCGAUACAGUGGCUGCUCAAUGGCUGUCUCAAUACCAGCGCAAUAACUACGAGGCUUUACGGGAUCUUGUCAACUUUAUCCUGCGAUGUACAGGGACUGAUCUCGAGAUUGACACCGAUGAAGCGAGAGAUGUCGAUAAUGCGCCAGGUCGCAUUGGAGACCUGCAAAAUCUUUACCAGGCAGAAGGCAUCGUCGACUACCCUAUCAUUUCCAAAGCAAAGAAGUUCAAGUCCUUCUCCAUCCUCCUCGAGGAGUUCACCGUUGCUCUGAUUCAAACUUUCCAUGCCUCCUCUAUUCUUUACACCGAUGAUGCCCUGCUCGAGAACAUCCAAAUCUGGAUCUCUACAAUGUCCACCUCGAACUGCCGACCAUUCCGUCAUACCGCAACUCUAAUUUCCCUCUCAAUCAUGAACGCUUUGUGUAGCAUUGCGCGCGAGGUGACGACGAGCGUCUCGACUUCCCGCAAGCAGCUUGAAAGCGAGAAGAAAAAGAAGACGGUGAACAAGGGUCGCGUGCAAGCCAUCCAGGCAGCUGUCACAGAAGGCGAACAGAAAGUGGAACGACUAGACGAGUUCCUGCAGGAUGGAUUUGACACUGUGUUUGUCCAUCGCUACCGCGACAUUGACGGUCAGAUUCGUGCCGAGUGCUUGACAGCUCUCGGCGGAUGGAUCCGUACAUACCGCGAGAUGUUCUUUGAGGGCCAAUAUCUGCGAUACCUGGGAUGGACACUCGCCGAUGUCGUUGCGCAGACCAGACUUGUUGCCUUGACUGAGCUUCUGAGUCUUUAUGAGCACCGAGACAACAUUGCUGGUUUGCACUCGUUCACCGAACGCUUCCGCCAGCGAAUUGUGGAGAUUGCUGUCCAGGAUGCCGAUGUUUCUGUGCGCAUCACUGCGAUUGAGCUACUUAAUCACCUUCGUGAAGGUGGCUUACUCGAGCCAAAUGAUAUCGAUGCCGUCGGCCGACUCGUGUUUGAUCUGGAUCCCCGAAUUCGGAAGACAGCCGGACGCUUUUUCGUUUCCAACGUCCAAGAUGCGUACGAUGCCGCCACUGAGGAAGUGGGAGAGGAGAUCAAUGACCUGCUGGCUGAGGACGACGAUGAAGACGACUACGAAUCGCCGAAGCACUCAUGGAUCAAGUACAAAUGCCUCGCAGAUCUAUUUCUGGCCUACGAUGCACAAGGAACCGAACAGCAACCCGAGCAAAUCUCUCGAGGCACACUGCUGGGAGUGCCUGUGGAAUCGCGCUUUGCUCUCGCCACCGAAGCCGUCUUCCCCCACAUGGAAGAGCUUGCUCACUGGCCAUCGCUGGCUGGAUAUCUGCUUUAUGAUCACUCACAAAUCGUCGAUGAGCCGUCUGAGGAUGACACUGCAGGCGUUGUGAAGAACAUGUACAAAAUGCAAGAGGGACAUGAAUCUAUCCUUCUGGAGGUGCUAUGUGCCGCAGUCAAGCUCCGUGUCCUCGAUGUUACCAAGGCUGAUAGCGACAAGCGCGGGCGCAAGACCAAGGCUCUGACAGCCAAGACCUCAGAGCUGCAAGAGGAGAUCUCUCACAAUCUUGCACAGAUUAUUCCCCAGCUUCUCAAUAAGUUCGGUUCUACACCCGAAACCGCUUCUGUUGUCUUGCGACUGGAGCACCUUGUGGAUCUGGACACAAUCCAGGAUCUCCAGAAGGAUGCUACGGCUUAUUCGUCGCUGCUCAAUGAUAUCAACAAGCAAUUUUUGACCCAUUCAGACCAAGACGUCCUGGCCGAAGCUAGCGUGGCAUUCCUGCAUGCAAAGAGCUCCGAGGAAAUGCGAGAGGCGCUCGAGACCAAGAUCCAGGAGUUAUGGGAUGACAUUAUAGAGACACUAGGUGCUUUGUCCCAGAAGAAGGAAGUCCAACAAGGUGGCUCAAUACUCGAUCCAACUCUCACCGACCUCGCCAAUACCGUUUCCCGCAUCUCGAAUCUUGCCGGUAUCACAGAUUGCGCCGCUAUCCUCGAAGCCGUGCCGAAUUCACGAUCGAAAUCCAAGAAGGACCACAUCGAAGCUCCAUUCAACAUCCUCAUCCGUCUCGCCGAGCGUGGUCUCCACGUCGAAGAUGACGACGAGGAUACCGCCAAGGCCGAGACCGAGCUGGUAGCAAGCAGCAUCAGGACAUUGCUAUUCUAUUUCAUGUGGAAGGUGCAGGCACUCUCCACAGCCCUUAACUCCGGCAAAGCCUCAUUCACCACCUCCUACUUCGAAGCCCUCACCAAGAGCCGCGAAACAUUCGCCUCAACCCUCGUCAACAUCAUGCAAACCCGACCCGGGCUAGAAGACCUGCGCUUCACAGCGACAACAACCUACCUGGACCUCCAAACGCUCUUCAGCACCCUCCGCAACACCGGCCAAGACACCGACGAAGACACUCUCUUCCAAACCCAAAGCCUAAUCCACGAAAUCCCACCCAAAACCCAAUCCCUCAUCACAAAGAUCCACUCCAUCGCAGAGCGCACCUACGCCAAGAAAACCCGUCUGGAUCUCGAGCCAGCGCACGACGACGCCCCCGCCUCAGAAGACGAUCUGGAUUCCGAAGACGAAGCCAGCGACUCCGAAGACGAGACUGUCAUCAACGACCGCCUCCGCAGCAGCAUCACCGCCGAGCAGCGUCUCUGCGAGUUAACCGGUAAGCUCGUCCUCGCCAUCAUCGCCCGCGUCAUCGAUGCCUCCGGCUCCAAUCGCGGAUCCCUGAAGAAACGUCUUCUCCGCAAUAAGACCGCCCUCGGUCACAAUUACCGUGAGGUCCUGUCUUAUCUUGAAGAAAAGAAGCCCCGUCCGUCUCGCGCGAAGGGAAAGCAGACUGCUAAGACUGCGGGGGCUGAGAACGCGAAGUCUGCUGAGCGUGUUGUGGAAGAUGAGGAGCUGCCCGAGGCUGUGGAGGAAGAUGAGGAUGAGGACUUGCGUGCGCGCGGACUUGUCGAGGAGGAUGUCGAGAAUGCGGAGGAAGAGGAGGAGCAGGAGGAACAUACUCCUGCGCCUGAGGCAGAUGAGGAUGAGAUUAUGGGCGACUGA